UCUUCUUAGUCACUUGCAUGUUAAGUACAGUCAGCUUCAUCCCUUUUUUCUCCGCCAAUUUUCUCAUGAAGAAUCUCAAAAGCUUUUGUUCUCCUUAUAAACCCAAGAAAGAAGGGAAGAAAAAAAACAAACAACCUCAAGCUCUGAUGGCGGCAAAACAGAGUUACUUCUUCUUGUUUCUUUCUCUUGUCCCACUCUGUUCCUCAACAACUCAUGAUGUCAUAAAUCCACCAACGGUCUUCCCAACAAACCCUACAACUACACCACCGGCUACUACAUUCCCUCCGGUGACCAUAACCCCCACAAAUCCAUCUCCAGCCCUUCCUCUUAACCCUCCAGUCACAGUAGUCCCUCCUACACUCACACCACCAGUGACCACCAACCCAGUGACUCAGUACCCUCCAACACAACCCUCAGGGACGGUUCCUGUGAUUCCACCGCCUGUUGUCUCAACCUCCCCAUCGGUUUCAGGACAAAGCUGGUGCGUGGCAAAGCCUGGAGCCUCCCAAACCUCACUCCAGUUGGCUCUUGACUAUGCAUGUGGAAGCGGUAAAGCGGAUUGCUCUCAGAUACAGCAAGGAGGCAGCUGUUAUUCGCCCAUCAGUCUUCAGAAUCAUGCCUCGUUUGCCUUCAACAGCUAUUACCAGAAGAAUCCUUCUCCUCAAAGCUGUGAUUUUGGUGGUGCAGCUUCAGUUGUUAGCACUAACCCAAGUACUGGUUCUUGCGUUUACCAGACAGGUUCUAGUUCUGGUUCAUCAACAUCAACGUCAACUCCAGUAGGAACAACAACGCCAACUCCAUCAACACAAACAGUGAACCAGCCACCUCUCACACCAACACCUAUAACACCAACAGGAGGCGUGACAAUUGGGGUUGGAACUCCACCAGCGGUUUUUAACCCGGCGAAUCCUUCAUCAAACACUCUACCAAAUCCAUCCUCAGGAGGUUCAGCGGUUUACGGGUUUGAUGGUUCACCUAAUGGUAACAAUCCAACACCAUCAGACUCAACCAACUUGCAGAUUCACUCUGCUCAUAUUAUGGUGGUAUCAUUGAUUCUUCAUGCAGUGCUAUUUCAUUAGAAAUAGAAUAUACAGAAGUUGAAUUAGUUUUAUGACAUAGUUAUGCUCAAUUUCAAGCUCAUUUCGUAUCAGUACGAAGAAGAAGUUAGGAAUGUAAGACAUUUAUAAAUAUGUUUGGUUCAACG